AUGGUAACAAACCACCCUAAGUGCAUAAUACAGUCAUACCUCCAGUGUCUGCAAGAUAGUAAUUAUAAUCCUAUUUGCGAAAUUUGCACUAAAGGUUUAUCUGAGGGAGAAUGCAUACGGCUUACUUGCUACCAUGUAUUUCAUUGGGAAUGUGCGGAAUCACGAUAUCGUGCACUUCCACGCACAACAGCACCAGCAGGCUAUCAGUGUCCAUCCUGUGCCACACCAGUAUUUCCGCCACCAAAUUUGGUAUCACCUGUUGCUGAUGUUCUUAGGGAAAAGUUGGCUGGAGUGAAUUGGGCUCGAGCUGGUCUUGGAUUACCAUUGCUUUCAGAUGACCAGGAUAUGAAAGGUGCUGCUGGCUGA